AUUUACCCGCGCAGUCCAACAGACGACAGAAGAUUGUACCGUACAUCAUAAUGAUAUGCAACACUGUAAGUUCUCGGUACGCGGGGUGAUGAAGUCUGAUAGGCCAAAUUUGGCUAGCUUCACCUGUCCAUAGUUAGUUGUUCUUCUCUACGAUUUGUGUCGGCAUAGAGUAGGAAGAUGCAAUUGUCUUAGCAUCUAUUGCCUCGGGCGCGCAUUCUUUUUAGAGAUACGUUUGGUAGGCGCUUUGAAAAUCCUCUUAAAAAGAUCUCACCUGCACUUUCACAGAACCGGUGAUAGCUCAACUAGGGCCUAGGCACUUUGUAAAUCCUCUUUCACUCUGAACUUACUAGGAAGUGUCUUGGCAUUGCGGCAUAUCGACGUGUACAGUUCUCGAUACUCUCCACUCCAACUUUGGGAAAAGUCUCUCUCAGACCAACAGAAGGACCACGAUGAGCAACUAUGACGACCUUCCCAGCGAACUCAAGCGCCAGGUUGCUUUCUACCUCUCGUCCAAGGACCUUGCUGCGCUCAGUUGUGUCAACAAAUCGCAGGCUGCCGUCGCUCAAGAUCAGCUCUACUACGCGCCUGAGAUUCUCAAGCCAGACGAAGGCUACCGCUUGAUGCUGCUGCUGCGCACCCUAUUCGCCCGCCCGCAGCUCAUGCAGAAGACUCACUCGCUUUCAAUCGCUGUCGUCGACUGCUCUAUGCCCUUCGGCCCGGAAUCAUCUCUCAAGGUCACAGAAGAGCACCGCCAUUUUUGGGACGACUCUGAAGAUAGUCCUUGGUGCCCAGACUAUCACGACAUCCAAGCGAAGCUGAUCCAUCAGCUCAGCAAGCAUGGUGUGACAGAACUGUCCAAUCCUGAAUGGAUUCAAAAGAUUCAGAAGUGGUACACGGCACCCUUCUACGGUGGCCUCCUUACGAUUCUACCAAACCUGGAGCAUCUUUCACUUUCAUGCUACGUCAAGCCGGUCACAGAACCAGUGAUAGCUCAAAUAAGGCGUUGGGGUUUAGGAAGUCCUUUCUCGAAUGACAUCAAGCGGGUCCGACCGCCAUGCCGCAUAGCGGAGGGGAGAAACGACGGAUUCCCAAACAAUUUGUUUGGGCUCUCAAAGGAUGAAGAUCUAGACUCAACGGUGAGCCAGCAUUUCAAGCUCAAAAUGCUCGAUCUGGUGAGCGGAUACCUCUCGCGGCCCUUUUGGCAGUUCUAUGGCUUGCAGUGUAUCAAGCUCUCCUCGCAGUCAGCAAUUGCCUGUGGACCAUUCCCAACGCGUCUAGAAAUCUGCCUCACCCAUGGCUUCAAUGACUGGUCGUUGGCCGAGCUAGGACUAUAUCUCCGUUCGGGAUCAUUAUUAAAGCAUAUCAAGAUACGGUUCGAGCCUCUUCCUGACGAGAAAGGGGGUAUACACCCGAAUGUGAGAUUCUGGCAUUUCUCCAACUUACUCAAGACCAUGGAAGCGUCAGCGUCUACAUUGGAAACACUGGCUCUUGUGCCUACCGACUACGCCAAGAUGGAUAUCUUCAGGUACAUUGACCAAGACCUCUGUUUUUGGAGAUUCACUCAGCUCCGCAAGCUGACUCUACCCUCGCAAUGGUCUUCGCAAUCCAAGGUGGGAAAACUACCCCCGAACAUCGAGGAGUUGAAGCUUCUGUUCACCCACCCGAUGGCCUCCCAACUCGCGGAUGAUAUCGUCAACCAUAAGCUUGAGUUUGGGAAACUUUGCCGCCUCGACCUUGUCUUUCAAGGGGAGAGCGAUGUUGCAGUCGAAGAAUCGUUCUGGGCGAAGUUCAAGGACAACAGGAUCAGCGUGUACGUAUGGGUACGAGAGCAUUCGUUGUUUGCAGCGAGGCCCGCGUAGGAAGGGGGCAGUUCCCUCAGUGCGUAUUGAGGGGUCUAACUAAACACAUUAAGGUGUUGCAAACAUAUGGGAUUAGAUGGCUGAGGAAAUCUCUAUUGCGGUGUGAACUGCAGGCCACCUUAGGCAGUCUACAUAGAAUAGGCAAGAGCUAUGGGGAAGGAAAGCAGUACCAUCACCAUAGGGAAGAUGGCUAUCUGUAAACACAAUGAGAACGAUAUAAAAUUUCGAAGCCCUACUCACUCGUACAAGUUCUCAACCAGCAUAUUCACAUCCCAAUCAUCUACCUCUCCUGCUCUCACCCACUUCAACCACCUGCUCCACAAACCCAUAAACCGCCAUGUGCAUCUCCGUCCCCCCUUCCCCCCACUGCUCCCCCGCA